AUGGCGGGCGCAGGGGAUUCUUUCAGCCACCUGGUGCCCACGAGCUCAUCUUCGGGAGGCGACCCGCUGCCGAAUCCUCUGGAGGGCCACCCGAGAUACGAGAAGGUGGGCGACCUGGGCAAGGGGUCCCAAGGCUUCGUGCUGCUGUGCUCGGACAAGUACACCGGGGAGCGGGUGGCGAUCAAGUUCCUCAAUAGAGGCCUGGCGUCGAGUGAGAAGAUCCGGAGGGAGCUGCUGAACCAGAGGCCCUUCUGGCACGCGCAUGUCAUCCAGUUCUACGAGGUGCGUUGA